AUGUCUACACGAACCGCAUUCAGGACGCGCAUUACCGACCUUCCCAUAGCCGACGGCCCAUCAGGACAACAUGUUGUGUGGGCCACAGUGUACUUUUACCCCGAAGAGGCCAGGAUCAACAAUCUAGACUUGAUCCGUCUUAUGAUGUACCGGGUUGUGAACCGACAGGUUACAGUCGACGAAUUCCCCAUGCACCACAGGUACUCUCACUGUUUAUCAAUCCGCGUCGCUGGCGAACUGCCCGACGAGGACGCAGUUCAUGAAGUGGCUGAAGCCAUGUUGGAUUACUUCUACGGGAAGGUCAAAUCGGGAGAAUUGGUUAUCAAUCGGACUUAUAUUUUUCGUAGAAGGUCGCGGGAUUUGGCCGACUAA